UUACUAAUUUUUUCAAAUAUCUUUCUCUCUCUCUCUCUUUUUUUAUACUAAAAAGAGUUAAAUAUACUCUUAGUAGUAUUUCAUACUUAUAUAAAAACAUUUUUUUCCCUCAUUUCUUUGAAGAGAAUUAGUUGAUCUCAAUAAUUUUACUCCUCUCUCAAAGCAUUAUGAAUAUUCAUAGUCAUAGAUAUUUGGAGUUGUGGGAAAAAAUGUUAUAGGUUAUGACUUGCACUAAUUAUGAAAUGGCUUUCUUUCCAACAAAUUUCAUGCUACAAACUCCUCAUAAUGAAGAUGAACAUCAACCUUCAACUUCUCUCAAUCCCAUUCUUCCCUCAUGCUCACCUCAAGACUUCCAUGGUUUGAUUUCUUUUUCUAAUUUUAAAGAUUUCUUUAAUUAAUUUAUUAAUUGUUUUAAUAAACUUCUUCUUCUAGUUAGGUGUUUGAACAUUAUUUGCAAAUAUUAUUCACAAAUCAAUGUUUGUUUCACAAUUUUGUUUAUUUCAAACUUUGAAAUAGACAAUAUGAAGUUAAAAGACUAUUUUGACUAAUAACAACAAGUGAGAUCCGUGGAAAAAGAAGGUAUUGCUUCAUUUUUGGGAAAAAGAUCUAUGUCAUUUUCUGGGAUGGAUGGAAAUAAUGGUUGUGAGGAAAAUCAUGGAGAAGAUGAUUUGUCUGAUGAUGGAUCACAAGCUGGGGAGAAGAAAAGAAGACUGAAUAUGGAACAAGUAAAAACUCUUGAGAAAAAUUUUGAGUUAGGUAACAAACUUGAACCUGAAAGGAAAAUGCAAUUAGCAAGAGCUUUAGGGUUACAACCAAGACAAAUUGCAAUUUGGUUUCAAAAUAGAAGAGCAAGAUGGAAGACUAAGCAAUUGGAGAAAGAUUAUGAACUUCUUAAGAGACAAUUUGAUGCUAUCAAAGCUGAAAAUGAUGCUUUACAAACUCAAAAUCAAAAGCUUCAUGCAGAGAUAAUGUCACUAAAGAAUAGAGAGCAACCAACAGAAUCAAUCAAUUUGAACAAGGAAACAGAAGGAUCAUGCAGCAAUAGAAGUGAAAACAGCUCAGAAAUAAAGCUAGACAUAUCAAGAACACCAGCCAUUGACAGCCCAUUAUCCAAUCAUCAUCCAAAUAUUUCUAGUAGACCUUUUUUUCCACCUUCAAUGAUAAGGUCUAAUAAUAAUAAUAAUAAUAAUGGGGUUGUGGUACCUCAUCAACUCUUUCACAUCAAUUCAUCAUCAUCAAGACAAGAUCUCAAAUUAAUGGACCAAAAUACUACUACUAAUAAUAGUAGUAGUGUCAAAGAAGAAAGCCUAUCCAACAUGUUUUGUGGAAUUGAUGAUCAAACAAGUUUUUGGCCAUGGCUAGAGCAACAACAUUUUAAUUAGUUGAAACUUUUUUGGAGACCAAAAAGUUUUUACUUUUUUUUUAAAAAAGUUGUUGAGUUGAAGGAGCCUUUUAAAUUAUAUCAUAUGAUCAAUCAUAUUAUUUCUUUUGAGUUCAUGAGAGAGAGAGAGAGAGAGAAAAAAGUUACUACUUACUCCUAUUUGUUUUGUGGUGUAUUAGGCAUUUGUAUAAAGUAACCAAGUACAUUUCAAGUACUUAAGGAUCUUUAUGGAGAAAAAUAUUAAUAAA